AGGUAAUAUAAAGUACUCAAAUUUGAAGGACUCUGUGAGUAGAAAGAGAGAGAGAAAAAAAGGUAUCUUUUUUGUUUUGUUUGUUCAUUGAAUUGAGUGGAGAUCUGCAGAGGAAAUGGCAAGUUUUGGAGGGACAACUCAGAAGUGUAAGGCUUGUGAAAAAACUGUUUACUUGGUGGAUCAACUUACUGCUGACAAUAAGGUUUAUCAUAAAGCUUGUUUCAGAUGCCACCAUUGUAAGGGUACACUCAAGCUGAGUAAUUAUAACUCCUUCGAAGGAGUUUUGUACUGCCGGCCUCACUUUGACCAGCUAUUCAAAAUGACAGGAAGUCUGGAUAAGAGUUUCGAAGGGGCUCCGAAAACUGUCAGGGAACGUUCUGCGGAUCAGGGAUCAAACAGUAAGGUUUCAAGUUUGUUUGGCGGAACUCAAGAUAAAUGUGUUGCUUGCAAGAAAACUGUUUAUCCCCUGGAAAAGGUAGCAGUGGAUGGCACUUCGUACCACAGGCCUUGUUUCAAAUGCAGCCAUGGAGGAUGCGUGAUCAGUCCAUCAAACUAUGUAGCUCAUGAGCAUAGAUUGUACUGUAGGCACCAUCACACUCAACUCUUCAAGGAGAGAGGCAACUUCAGCCAAAUGGAAGACCAUGAGAAAAACUAAAGGGAUGACUGAGAGAACAAUAUCACGAGCCUUGCCGUGAACUUUUUCAUCUGAGUUUGAGUUUGAAACAUAAAGGGUAAUCGACUUUCAGUCGGGAGCUGGACCAGUUUGUUGUUCUGGUUCAUACAUACAAUUCAAGACUUACUACAUAUAUCUAUAUAUGAUAUCUUCAUGAGAGUCAAGAGAAGAGUUUCCUUCAUUUUGUGUUUAUAUGUCUAUGGGUUUGUGCUUUAAUGCCACCAUUGACCAAUACAAUCUUUUUUUUCUCUACCAAA